AUGGGGUUAGACAAGGAUACCCACGACAUCUCCAUUGUAUUUCGGGCUCCGCAGCAACUAGUAGGUACCCAAGUGUUCUACAAUUCAAUUCCGUUACAAUGCGACAAUGAUGCAAAUAUAAUGUGGGGAGUGAUAAAGCGGGCAGGGCAAUUCAUAGGUUCUGACUUGUAUGUAACUGUCCACACUGUUGGGUUCAAUGUCGACGGGGGUUCGCAAUAUGGCAGUAGAGUUGGAGAGCAAGAAUCAAUUCCUGUAACCGUUGUGCACCCGUCAGUUACACCCGAGACAUCUUUGCCCCACAACUGUCAACCAUGGAAUGGGGUUGCUAUGGACAAUACUGAAGACGCCGAAGUGUUAGGGUCUAUCCAUACCCAUGAGGAUGAAGGAUAUACUCACCGAAAUGAAGAUAUCCAAACCUACUUGGACGAGGCAACCGAAAUGGAUGAGACUCGAGAUGUGUAUGAGGAGUUCAUUGAUAACAAUGGACCGGUAGAGAAUCCAGAAUUGUUAGAUGAACUACAACCGGAAAAUAAUCCGAACCCUAACCCCGAAUGGUUCACGUCAAACACAUGGGAUGACAUUAAUGACCCAUCACCUUCCCUGGAAACAGGUCUGCUGAGUUGGAAACCGGGGGACGAACCGAGCAAGGGGAUGCUAUUCAAGAAUAAAGCUGCGGUUCAGCACGCGCUAACCAUGUUCUCCGUUGGGCUGAAUAAAAAAUUUAAGUACAUGAAGUCAGACCCGGAGAGACUGGUUGUAACGUGUGUACACGAUGCAUGUCUGUGGUCAAUUCGAGCUAUCUACAGCAAAAUGCACAAGCUGUGGAUGAUCACAACAUGUAAGGGUCCCCACACUUGCUCGACACUCCAAGUGGAAUAUGAUGGAAGGAUGAUGGAUUCGAACUUCAUUGCCAUCACACUUGAGUCAUACGUACGGGAAGACAUUUCAAGAACAGUAGCAACCCUGCGUAGCGUUCUUCAUGCGAAGCAUGGCCAUUGGGCGUCUCACUAUAAGGUUUGGGAUGCAAAACAGAAAGCCGUUGCAGCCAUCUACGGUGGUUUCGAUGAGUCAUACGCAGAAUUGCCUCGGUUCCUGGCAGCGUUAAAAGAUGCAGAUCCAACCACAGUGACACAGUUGAAGUGCGACCACCGUCGUGUGCCGGGAACUUGCACAUUUAACUGUGCCUUUUGGGCUUUUGGUCCGUGUAUAGAAGGGUUCAAGUAUUGUAGGCCGGUGAUAAGCAUCGAUGCAACGCACCUCUAUGGCAAGUACAAGGGGAAGUUGUUGAUAGCAAUGGCAACGGAUGCUAACAACGAGGUUUAUCCACUGGCGUUUGCCGUUGUUGAGAGUGAGAGCAAGGAGACAUGGGGAUGGUUCUUGGCAUGCCUGAAACGAUAUGUUACGGACCGGACAAAUCUUUGCAUCAUCUCUGACCGACAUUCGGGUAUAAAAGCUUGCUUUGAUGACACAAGGAUGACUUGGUUGCAGCCUCCCCAGGCCCAUCACCGAUAUUGCCUCCGCCAUGUAGUUAGCAAUGUGAACACAAAAUGGAAAAUUCCGGAGUUGAAGAACAUGGUAUGGAGGGCCGCAAGCGCGAAUCAAGUUAGAAAGUUUCAGGCCACACUGGAUUUAAUUCGCAAUGUCAAACCGGCUGCACACAGGUACUUGGAAAAUGAAAACAAAGAAAAGUGGACACUUGCACACGACGGAGGGCGUCGAUACGGAGCAAUGACAACCAACCUAUCGGAGUGUUUUAAUGGAGUACUGAAAGGUGCACGCAGCUUGCCAAUCACGGCAAUGGUGAGGUACACCUUCUUCAAAGUGAACUCCUACUUUGACGCUCGUCGUAAUCUCGCUCUAGAGCAAUUGGAAGCGGGUCAAGAAUGGUGCAAGUAUGCCAUGGACAGGUUCGAAAAAAACCAAGCGAAGGCAAAGGACCAUAUGGUGACACGGAUGUGCACACAAGCACAGUUAUAUCAGGUUGACACACCGGGUAAUCCUCUAAGUAAUGGGGGCGGACAACACACGCACAGGGUUGAUCUUCGGGGUAUGACAUGCACAUGUGGAAAAUGGGAAGCAUACAAGAUGCCGUGUUCACACGUAAUAGCAAUUUGUGCUAAGUAUAAGCACGAUGCGCAGCAGUUUAUUGAUCCUUGCUAUAGCGUGAGUCAUAGGUUCCAUAGCUAUGAACCAGUAUUCCAACCGUUGAAAGACAGAUUAGCAUGGCCGGAUCCGGAAGAAACUAGAGUAGUGAUGCCCAAUCCGCACCUGAUCCGGAACAAAGGUCGGCCAAAGUCCACACGAAUCCGCAAUGAGAUGGACGAGAAUGAUAGGGAGUUGCCGACCUCCCUAUGGAUCGAGAAUGGACCCAAGUCAAGAUGUGGGUUGUGUGGCCAAGAGGGGCACAACCGUAGAACAUGUCCUACUCGAAAUGUGGAGUCAACUAGCGGUGGAGCUGCAUCAUAG